AUUGCAGCAUCCAGUUCACCGGAUUCACCAUGGCGAAGGAAGCGUUCUUCACCCUCGAGGAUAUCAAGAUCUCCUUCAACCUCUUCUGCUGCGUCUGCGGCAUCGGUACGCUCGGUCUGCCGGGCAACUUCGCCCGUGCCGGUCCGGUGUUCGCGAGCAUUGCUAUGGCUUUCAUGGUGUUCGCCAACGUCUACGCCUCGAUCGCGAUGUCUAAGGUUAUGCUUCUCGCACCGUCGACGGUGGUGACGUUCGGCGAUCUCGGGGAAUGGGCCAUGGGCAAAGCCGGUCGCUGGCUGUGCACGGGCUCCCAGAUCAUCUCCUGUGUCUUGAUCCCGUGCGUGUUCUUGGUGCUUGGCGGCGGACUGCUGGACGGAAUGUUCCCGGGCGCAUUCAGUCCGACAGUGUGGAUUAUACUGAUGGCUGCGAUGGUGCUGCCGUUGUGUCUGGUUCCGACGCUGAAAGAGGGUUCCGGUGUUGCAUUCGCCGGCUGUGUGGGAACACUCGUAGCUGACGUGAUCGGCGUUGCCGUCGUGAUGCACGGCAUGCGUGGCCACCCGAGCGUCCCGGAGACGAACGUCAGCUUCUCACAGGUGGCGGGCACGUUUGGCAACCUCGCUCUCAGCUACGGCGCCGGUAUCAUUAUCCCCGACUUACAGCGUGAACACAGCGAGCCGCACCGCAUGCCGCGCGUCAUCACCUUCACCAUGGUAAUCAUCUCGAUCCUGUUCGUGGUGCUCUCCGUCGUGCCCUUUACGUCUGCCGGUUGCCAGAUCUCGGGCAACAUCCUGUACACCAUCUACCCGGACUCGAGCACCGGCCUCACGUCUCUCGGCUUUAAGCCUCACUGGGGCGCCGUCGUGCUCGCCUACAUGGCCAUGCAGCUCCACAUUACCACCGCCUUCUCUGUCCUCAUCAACCCCGCGUUCUACAUGGCCGAAUUUGUGGUACUGGGCAUGCACAGACAGCGUAAGUCGACUGAUGUCGAGAACGGACUUCAGUACGUUGAGUCUGCGACGCCGGCUGAUGAGAUCAUGAAGCAGGCGGACGCCGUCGCUGACCACAAGUGCCACUGCAACUGCCACAAUGAGACUGAUGCCCAGGCGGCCGAGUAUCGCGGUGCCAAUGCCAUCAAGUACAUCGUGCUUCGUAUCUGCAUCACCGUGAUCCUCGUCGUGCUGUCCAUCUUGUUCAAGGACCACUUCUCCGACUUUGCCGACUUUGUGGGCUCGUCGUCAUUGACCAUGAGCUGCAUCCUGUUGCCGGUUGCGUUCUACCUGGUCAAGGCCUGGGACAACAUCCCGAUGGUGGAAAAGAUUGCUGCUAUCGUCGUUUUUGUGGUUUGCCUCGCUUUCGGAUGCUACUCGACGUACACGGCUGGCAAAAACUUAUUUGCUCCGUCCGACUCAGAGGCUUCGUUCCCGUACUGCGAACCUGAGUACCAGAACACUGUGUUCUACAACUAUACUGCUGAACACGAGUCUUGAACGCACCGUGCAGUGGUUCUAAAGCCUAGAUAGUUAGAUGGCAUUGGCUCAUGUGUUAGCUCCGUACGCUCCAGAGUACUGAUUUCGCUGCUGCUGAUACAGCCACAGCACAAUAGAAAUACAACAGUGCCAGCAUAAUAUUUUGACACUCAGUGC